AUGUGGAAAAUUCUCUUCCUUGUUGUAAUUACUUGCAUACGCGCACAGCGACACAGUUAUUGUGGCUUUUGCAACAACGAAGGCGAAUGCAGUGAUGAAGAUGGUAGGAAGAUUUGUAAGUGCAAUGAUUAUUUCACGGGAGAUACGUGCAACGAAAUGGUAGAUCGUUGUCAACUCAAUCCUUGUGCAAAUAGUGGAAAUUGUGUAAAUGUUUUGGGACAAUUUCUAUGCCAAUGUAGUAGUGGAUUCGGUGGCCUUAAAUGUAAUUUCGAUAUGGUUUUCACGUCCAUGCUAUUGCACUUUAAUCACUACGCUACCUUUGGUGAAACGCACGAUUUUCUAAUAAUGAUUGAAACAUUAGGAGAAAGGAGUUUUUCUUUAGAGCUAAUAUCUGAGAAUUACGCUAUCGGUUUGUUAGAAACUGAGUUAAGUGGCAGUGACGGUCAAAACCAAUGGAACCAAUCAGCAGAUUUGAAAAGCUUGGCAAAGGAACUGGGUAUAAAAUAUUCUGAUAAAUUGCCUUACACAGAAGGUUAUUACAAAAAGUUUCAUCAAUGUUUCUGGACUGAAGGCCUUAUCAAAAUAAUUCUACAGACUUAUGAUAGCGAAACGGGCCAAAAUUAUUUCUUUCGCAAUGAGUACUCACUGUAUAUAAUAAAACCGGCCAGGAUUGGUUGCACCCCGCAAUUGGAAUUUUUGCAUGGCUCGGAUCCGUUAGAACCUCUCGACGUCGACAUAGAUCGUUUCAAUAAUUUUGAGGCUGUAAUCAAGAAGCGCUGCUACAUAGAAUCCACUUUAACUUAUUCAUGGUCAAUUUAUAACAGCAUUGGCAUACGGGAGUUAUACAAUUUUGGUAAUACAAAACAGCCUCUCCUUAAGGUAUCUCCGUAUCGUUUGUGGUUUCAUUAUCAUGGCGAGGUUAUGGCUUCCUAUAGAAUUCAAGUCUUAAUUACUGAAAAGUUAAAAAACUUCAAAGGAGUCACACGCGAACGAUUUUUCAUAAUAGUAUCAAGAAAACCGGUUUUCGCCCGAAUAGCUGGUGGGGAAAAACGCGAGGUGGGUGCACAGCAAAAAUUCAUUUUGGAUGGAUCAAAGAGCCGCGAUUUCGCUUUAGCGCCCGAGGCGUCUGAGGACAUGUUUUACAGAUGGAGUUGCACUCCAGACGAUGACGACACACAUAAUGAAGAAUGUGUCAGAGAUAUGGGUUCAGGUAUUUAUUGGACUUCAUAUCUUUAGCUUUCACCAAUUUCACUCAUUUUUUCUUUCUUAACUUCUUCAGAUAGGCAAUUACUAGUUACAGCUUCUGCAUUACAAGUUGGGAAAAGCUACACUUUUCAUCUUAAAGUCAAUUCCAAAGUGAACCUUGGCGAGACUCACACAGUUCAGCAGAGAGUUACUAUAGUGGAAACUGAACAACUCUUCAUAGACAUUGAAUGUAUACGGAAUUGCGCACGUAACCAAUAUGUAAUGGAUCGUUUCAUACAUGUUCGCGCUCAAUGUAUAAGAUGCAGACAGUGUGUCUCUAGCUCAUAUAAGUGGUUUCUUAACGAGAUUUUAUUAGAUGAAGAGAAGGAGGAGCGUUUAAUUUACACGCCAAAAGCAGAAGACACUAAACUACAAUUUGUCGCAGAUGUCGUUUGCAAUAAUCUACACGGCAGAGGCAGUUUAAAGAUGAUGCAGAAUGAGCGACCGAAAGGUGGCAAAUGUACCAUAAAACCGACAGAUGGUACAGCUUUCGAAACUGAUUUCGAAAUAAGUUGUGAAGGUUAUAAUGAUGUGGACAGUCCCUUAAAUUAUCAAUUUAUGGCCGGUAAUUAUUCUUUGGAUCGUACUAACGCUCCAAAGACGCGCGUUCGCUUGCCGCCAACUGGCAUUAUUACUAUUAUUGUCUGCGAUCAAUUUGAAGCUUGCAGCGAGUCCAAACUGGAAGUCACUGUAGAACCGUUAUCCGAUAUUAACACAAAUUUGUCCCCUAACCAAAAAAAAUUAUGGAAGCUUUUCAAAAAUAAUAAUAUGUCAGAUGCUUUAGUCUUAAUGAAAACACUGACGGCAAAUCUCAACGAAGCAGGAACAAGAACAGCUGAUAUGAUGAUUGAAGAAAUGGUCAAUGUGGACUUGCAUAAUCUAUUACGCGUCGAACAAAUGAUGACCAUAAUCAAAGAUUUGAGUCAAAAUUUGAAACCUUUAGACAAUGAAAAAUCUCUGGUGUUUUCAAAAUAUUUUCAAAAAUUAUACAAAGGCUUUGAGAUUAUUUUUAAAGAUGAAGAAAUCAAGGAACUUUCGGAGAGUUCCUACCAGAAAGCUUCAACACAGCUUUUAAGUCUUGUAGAUGAUUUUUCACAAACAUGGGAAGACAUACCUAAAGUUCAGGUAUUGCAAUUUAAAAGUGUGACGAGUGAUAAUCCUCUGGCUGAGGAUUAUGAAGAAUUUGCAGACUUCGAUGUUAAGGCUCUAGCAAGAAUAGAGAACUGGUUACGCUCGGCAGAAGAGUUGCUUAAAAGCGUCAAAUGUAUAGGUCUGGCAGCGAUAAAUAUGCACGAACCGGCCGAAAAUCCUUUUAAAGUCGAUCUGGGUUCACUAAAAUUUCAAACUAAAGCUAUUGACUUAAACAAAGAUAAUCAAAUUGAGAUUAAGGAGGAGACCGUAUACUUAAAGAUAAGCAAUGAGACUUUAAAAGAACUAGCAAGUAAGCUUAAAGGCGAAAAAGCCGUUCUGCAAGUGGGCCUUCUAAAACGAAAUCCGUUCUGGUGGUUUCCCGAUAGCUAUGGCGUUAACUCGCGUAUUAUAUAUUUCUCAGUUUUUGGCAAAGAGAGUAAUUUAAAGAAGUUCGUGGCAUUGGAUAAUCCCUUAGAACUUAAAAUAAAUAUAAAUAUACCGGAUGCCGAACAAGAAGCAAACAUCAUUACCGGUUACGUUAAAAGUCAUUUGCACAUGCCCCUAUUUACAGUCGAAGUACCGGGGCACUCAGUUCUAAUCGUUACAUUUUUAAAUGCGAGCAUUGACUUGAUGUUUGGUCUAAAAGUGGACAAACCUCCCCGAAGCUAUGAACUUCUGAAUGCUAAAAAUAUUAUUAGCGCCAAUAAUGUAAACGGAAAUCAAAAUGUAUUUAUUGAGAAUCCAUGGGAUGGCAUACGAUCUGUAUAUUUGGCCGUACGAGCCGUUCAUAACAUAAAGGAAAAGUCAAAUUUUUCAUUUAUUAACCGAGUGCAGCAGUGCUUAAUGUGGGAUUUUGAACAGACAGAUCCCCAAUGGUCGACUGGGCCAUGCAAAACAAUACCUGCCAAUCAAGAGGAAAUCGUAUGCCAUUGCUAUCACUUAUCAAUAUUCGCAGGCAAAUCGUAUUCAACAGUCGCUAAUGAAGAUCUUGACGACAAUAUGCUUUUGGAACGUUUAGGUUUUAAUUGGUUUAUUCUAGUUUUUUAUAUGCUUUUAUUAGGGUUUUACGGGCUCGUUCUGCUGUACGUCAGCUUCCGUUCUAAAAGACACAAACAAAUACUGAUUACCAGCAUCGAGACUAAACACUACGAUCUACAAGUUUCAAUUUUCACGGGAGGACAUAUGAACUCAAGCUCAACUGCCAAUGUUACCUUAAGAUUUGUAUCGCAAAGUCGCCCGUAUGCAGUUACGAUAUAUCAAAAUCCUGCCAAACCCUUAUUAAGGCAGAAUACUGUUACAAAAGUCUACAUGUCUAGUGCAUAUGUAAAAUUUCCAACAAAACUUCUUAUAAGUCAAGAUCAGUCUGGUAGAUUUCCUACUUGGUAUUGCAAGAAAGUCGUUAUGGAAAACUUCAUUACGAGAGAAAAACAAGUGUAUCUAGUUGAUAGGUGGAUAUCACAACGAACAUUGGGAAUUAAUCCGGCAACAGAUGAUCGAACAUGGCGACAAAGAUAUUACGCCAAUUUGUCGUUGAUCUACAAGAACUGGUACCUGUUUCAACCGUUUCUAGGGCCGGUCUUAUAUGAAGAUUUGACACUCACGUCCAGAACCUGCAUAUGGAUAUCCCAAAUAUCUGUUACCGUUUGUGUCGUGGCUUGCUUUUUUUCACCCACUUCUAUGGAAAGCUACGAGGAGGAAAGAGAACGUUAUCGCACAUUGACUUUUCACUUUUUCGAAAUCCUCUGGUUAGGCGUGGUUUGUCAUCUCAUUAACUCUAUCAUAUACUUAAUGUUCAGGUACACUCACUUAUUCAAAAAGAAAUAA